AUGGAGCCGGGUGUAGCCGCUGCUAUAGGUAAUUUAACGUAUACGAUUAAGUAACGAUAAACCAUUGCUUAGGAAUAAAUGAUUCUGAGUGGAGUUCAGUUGAUUGUGAUGCUUUGUCAACAAUAUAUAUAUAUAUUGUCAUAUUAUAGUAAAAUAAUUAAAUAGGCUUUAUGUAUUUAGUUUAAUAAUAUUUGUUAAAUGUUGUACUGAUUUUCCGGUUUUCCUAUGUUUUUUCCCAGUUUUUCACAUUUUCUGGGAAAACUUCUGAGAAAAUCGAAAAAUAACCCUUCUAUUAAAUCCCCAGUCGGUUUUCCAUUUAGAAACAUCGCUAUCGUUAUAAAUUGGAGUAAAAUUACCUGGUAGAAAAGUUGUCCACAGAAAAAAAAAAUAAACAUCAUUGUAAAUCCAUAAGCUUCUUCAUUCCAUUCAGAAUCUAAAAUUCGUCAUCAGAUAUAUCACAGUAAAAAUGUAAAACGUGACCGAGUAUAAACUAUUAAAUGAAGGAAUGCAUAGAAAUAAAUAUAUAAUUCACUUAUCAUAAAACUCCAGCCGACGCAUUCAUUCAUUUAUUUAUUUUUUAUUUUUAUAUAUAAUUUUUUUAUUUAUACAUAUAUAUUUACGAGUAUUAAUCAUUUAAAUAAUUUUGUUUUUACUUUAUUAUUUUGUUUUUUAUUUAUGAUUUGGUGGUAUUAUUUAUAGAUGUCAAUAUGCUAAAAACACCUGUCGAACGUUCACGAGAAUAUAGAGCUCGGAAAAAAUUAUUGAAAAAACAAAAACCACCCGCACAAACAGCAUCACAGCGUAAAGGAAAAUAUAUGGCUCGACAGAAGGCUUUAAGAAAUGCUGUCACCACUAUUGUAGAGAAUGAAACACUGAUGAAGUUCUCUAGAUCACGUGAAUCCAGACAAUCCACAAUUCAGUACUAGCAGAGAUGAUGGUAACAUUUUGUAUAGUUAUUUAUGUGACCAAACUGGACAGGCUAAAGUUCCUGUUGAACAAGCUCAGGAAAAAAUGUUCGUUCAAGAUGAUAUGCAUUAGGUCAAUGCACAGUGAAUCUGACUCAACUACAACCAAAAGGACUAAAAAAGCAUGCGCAUGA